UGUAUACCUUUUGUUUUUGUGGGCAGUGCAGUUACUCAAAAAGAACGUAAUUUGCGGAAAGGACAAGAGCGGCCAAGGAUAAUUCGCAAGCGACGGACGACGGAGGAUCCUUCCGGCGUGUGAUGCAUUAAUGCUAAAGUCGUUUAGCGGAGGCGUUGGCGUGGCAUCCACGGAAAGAGGCGGCGGAGGGUCAGGAGGAGGCGGUGGAGGAGGGGCAGGAGGUGGAGGAGCUGGAGGAGGAGGGGCAGGAGGAGGCGCCUCUGGAAGCAGGAGCACCAGCGGAAGUGGGCGUGCCAGCUGUGGGCUGGGCUCCAGUUCGAUUUCCAGUGGUUUGAGUGCCGUGUGCGGAUUUGUGACCGGCGGAGGAGGAGGAGGAGCUGACCGGGAUCGAGAUAGAGAUCGAGGAUUAGCCGGGAGCAGCAGUGGUAGCACUCCCGCCGGCAUCCUCUAUUGCCCCGCCUGCGUGGCCGCGGCCAAUCAGCUGAAUCCCAGCCAGCAGUCGAGUCCCCAGCACGAGGGCUUCUUCUCGCGCAGCUCCUCCAAGUCGAGCAAGCGAAACAAGGCCAGGAAGAGCGCCUCCACCGCCGGCUGUUUGGACGCCCAGCACAUACGUGCCAAUCUGCGCAUGUCCAUGUCCAGUUCGAUGCGGAGCACCAGGGGACAUCCGCCGGGCAGCAGCUGCAGCAGCGCCGGAGCAGGAGGAUCGGGAUCGGGCUGCGGACUGGCCUACGAUGCGGCCAGCAAUGCCAGCGGGAGCAGCGGAAGCGGCAGCGGCAGCGGAAAGGCCGCCUCGCCGGGCAGCUACAGCUGCAAUGCCCUCAACGUGGACUUCACCUCCUACACGGCCACCCAUCAGUGGACCCGGAUGCUCGAGUGCGCCGAGUUCGUGGGAGCCAAGCGGAGCAAGCACACAGUGGUGGCCUACAAGGAUGCGAUGUUCGUGUUCGGCGGCGACAACGGCAAGAACAUGCUGAACGAUCUGAUUCGCUUCGGCGUUAAGGACAAGUCGUGGGGCAGGGCGUGUGCGACGGGAACGCCGCCGGCGCCGCGCUACCAUCACUCGGCCGUGGUGGCCGGCAGCUCGAUGUUCAUCUUUGGCGGCUACACGGGCGACAUACACUCCAACUCGAAUCUGACCAACAAGAACGAUCUGUUCGAGUACAAGUUUCAGAGCGCCAUGUGGGUGGAGUGGAAGUUCCAGGGACGCCAGCCGGUGCCGCGAUCCGCGCACGGAGCAGCCGUCUACGACAACAAGAUGUGGAUCUAUGCGGGCUACGAUGGAAAUGCGCGGUUAAACGACAUGUGGACGCUGAAUCUCACGGGGGAGAAUCACCAGUGGGAGGAGGUGGAGCAGCUGGGCGAUCGUCCGCCCACCUGCUGCAAUUUCCCCGUCGCCGUGGCAAGAGACGCCAUGUACGUGUUCUCCGGUCAGAGUGGCCUGCAGAUAACCAACUCGCUGUUCGAGUUCCACUUUAAGACGCGCACCUGGCGGCGAAUCUCCAAUGAGCCCGUGCUGCGCGGCGCCACCUCGGCCCCGCCGUCGCGUAGAUAUGGCCACACGAUGGUGCAUCACGAUAGGUUCCUCUACGUCUUUGGUGGAUCGGCGGAUUCGACGCUGCCGAACGAUCUGCACUGCUACGAUCUGGACUCGCAGGUGUGGUCCGUCAUCCUGCCGGAGCAAAACUCGGAUGUGCCCUCGGGCAGGGUUUUCCAUGCCUCGGCCGUCAUUUGCGAUGCCAUGUACAUUUUCGGCGGAACCGUGGAUAAUAGUGUGCGGCGCGGCGAUACGUACCGCUUUCAGUUCUCCUCGUAUCCAAAGUGCACGCUGCGCGAUGACUUUGGCAAGUUCUUCGUGGACAAACAGUUCUGCGACAUUCAGUUUAUCGUCGGAUCGGAGGAGAUACGCAUCCUGGCGCACAUUGCCUUUGUGGCGGCGCGCUCAAAGUAUCUGAGAAACAAGAUACUGUCCGCCCGGGAGGCGCGACAGCAGCAGAUGGAGAAGGUGUACGGUGUGGGCCUGCCGGCGGACGCACUGGCUCUCGGCACGGGCGCGGGCGGGGACCGUGGACCCAUGCUGGAGGUGCGACUGGCCCACGCCUCACCCGAGGCCUUCGACAUCAUACUCAACUACAUUUACACCGAUCGCAUCGAUCUGAAGGACACGACGUAUAGCAAGAACAUCAUCAUACUGAUCACGGACAUCUACCAACUGGCCGGAUUGUUCACCAUGCCGCGGCUGGCCCACGGCUGUAUCCAGUAUUUGGACUACAAGAUAAACAAGCUCAACGUUCUCGAGGCGCUCUACAAUGCGGACAAGAGCAACAUCAAGAUCAUCAAGGAUCACUGCAUGCAGUUCAUCAUCAAGGACGAGAACUUCACCGAGGUGGUCAUGUCGAGUGAGUUUAGCGAUUUGGACAAGCCCCUGCUGGUGGAGAUCAUACGCAAGCGUCUGCAUCCCAGCAAGCUGGUAAUGGACACCAGUUAUGAGGCGAAUAUAGGCACCACCUUGGAGAUCGAUCUGUGCGCCUUUCUCGAGUCGACUGGCAACGAUUUCUGCGACAUCAGCCUCGUCCUGGAGGAUCACGUGAUACCGGCCCACAAGUCGGUGUUGUCAUCGCGUUGCACUUAUUUUCAGGGCAUGUUUCGAUCUUUUAUGCCGCCGGAUAACACGGUCAAUAUACAAAUUGGCGAAAUUUCUCCCUCGCUGGAGGCCUUUCACUCCCUUCUCCGCUACAUUUACUACGGCGAGACGAAGAUGCCGCCCCAGGAUGCUCUGUAUCUCUUCCAGGCGCCCUGUUUCUACGGUUUGUCGAACAACCGGCUGCACGCCUUCUGCAAAUACUCGCUGGAGCACAACAUAACGUUCGAGAACGUGCUGCAAACGCUGGAGGCCUCCGAUAUCACCAAGAUCUAUGACAUCAAGGAGUAUGCCUUGAAGCUGAUCGUUAAGGAUUUCGCCAAAGUGGCCAGGCUGCCGAAAAUAGCCGGUUUGUCGCGCGAACUGUUGCUGGAGAUCAUACGCGCUGUGGCCGAUUCGCACGGCGAGUUUCUCACGCGGAUCAAUAUCAAUACAGAUAUCUGAAAACUGGUGCUGCUCCAGCCGGCAUUGCAGUUGUUGCUCGCCUGGUUGCAAAUCGGACGUAGCACGUAAUGCGGCAGUAGCGGUUGGCAGCGCCGAACGUACAUUUAUCAUACCGAUCGAUCGAU